GAAGAAAACAUCCGGUUGCCAGCUUUGGCCAGUUAGCUUAGUUUAGCUUAGCUCCAGCAUUCAUAACAGUAAUGAGAAUCAAGAGUGUCCGUGAGUCCUGUCAUGUUGUAUCCAAAGUAGGGAACCGCCCGGUUUAUAACCAAAGAAUAUAAAUCUCCUUGACUUUCCUUUGGUGCGCGAGUUGACAUAAGGUGUGAAUGAGUGACGUGGUGCCUCCCACAGCUCUCAGUGAAGUCCAGCUACGGUUCCUGUGCCAUGAUGACAUAGACAGUGUGAAAGUGCUCUGUGGUGAUUGGUUUCCAAUCGAGUACCCAGACUCAUGGUACCAGGACAUCACCUCGAACAAGAAGUUCUUCUCUCUCGCAGCCACCUUCAGAGGAGGCAUUGUGGGAAUGAUUGUGGCCGAGAUCAAAGGUCGGACCAAAGUACAUAAAGAGGAUGGAGAUAUCCUUGCCUCCAGUUUUCCUGUGGACACGCAGGUAGCCUACAUCCUCAGCCUGGGAGUGGUCAAAGAGUUCAGGAAACAUGGCAUAGGCUCCUUACUGCUGGAUAGUCUGAAGGAGCACAUUUCGACAACAGCCCAGGACCACUGUAAGGCAAUCUACCUGCAUGUUCUCACCACCAACAACACUGCCAUCUACUUCUACGAGAACAGGGACUUCAAGCAACACCACUACCUGCCCUACUACUACUCCAUACGUGGCGUCCUGAAAGAUGGAUUCACAUAUGUGCUCUACAUCAACGGGGGUCAUCCACCUUGGACAAUAUUUGAUUACAUCCAUCACAUUGGUUCAACCCUAGCCAGCCUGAGCCCCUGCUCCAUCCCACAGAGGUUGUAUCGACAGGCCCAGUCUCUGCUGCGAUCUCUGCUACCUUGGUCCAACAUCGCCUCCAAGACAGGCAUACAGUACAGCCGAACAAUGUGACGCAACAUUGCGGGACCCCCAAGUGUUCCCUUUCUCAUCAGUCUUCCCUAAUGCAGAUGUACAUUCACACUGUCAGCAUGCUGUGUAUGAGAUAGAUUCCGGGUUCAACUUGCGUUUGAUCUCCCAUCUGCCGCCAUGUUACCGCUGAUUCAGUGCCUGUUUGCCGCGCGCCAGAUCUGGAUCCGUCGCUCUGAGCCCGCUGCUGAACAUGGCGGUCGCACUGCAUCGUGAUGAAAAGCGCACUGUUGUGUUUACACUGAACACGAGCAAUUUCGGGGAAAACAUUUCUCAUCAGUUAUUCUAUCCUGUCACUGCGAUACCAUUCCAUGAUUGCAAAAGUGGCGCGUCUUUAGUCUGCCAUAGCAAAACUGAGCCGUAUCACAGCUGUCGCUGAAACCAGAUGACAGGGCGGAGGUCUUUGUUUUGGUGUGGAAGGGAUUUUAAACGCACUAUGAAUUGCAAUCGAUAGAGUCCAGUGGUUCCAACGCUACCUAUAUUUCUGCCUUGCUUCAUCCUAUUCAUUCACCUGUAUGGCUACAAUUAGUAUAUUAUAUAUACUAUGAUGGUGAUAAUAGAUUUCCUAUACGAUGUAAUGUACAGUGUGUCUUCUAUUGCUGCUGUCCAUUUUUAAAUCAGCACCCUUUCUCUUUGACUGGAUAGAAUGUAAGUCCAUAUCAAAUUGUGACCUAGGGACCCGAGAACAAAUCGCAUUGGACUGUGAAUCUAGCAGUGAAUCUUUUAAGGCUUGUAGUGUAAAGCUAGUAAUUUAUUGGGAACAACGAAACACUGCAGUUUGGCAAUUAUUUUAGUGUCACUCGUGUGUCAAAUGCUGUUCCCUUUUGAAAACGGAUGAAAUUCAUUUUCUUUGUGCAAUACCUCAAUGUACUGUAUCUGUGACAGCGCUGACAAACGAACAGAUUUGAGCUGCAGUUGGAACGCGCUGCAACAGCUUGUCGCAUUCGGCAGUCGCGUUCGAAGUGGCUCUUGGAUCGUCUUGCAGAACUACCCACGUGGUAUAAUCCGUACAAAAAGGGCACCGUUGCUCAGGUCCUCAUUGGGAAAGUUUUCAAAUCACUGGAUGCAGUUUGUCGCUUCCGUGUCUGUGAAGUUGCUGUCGAUGCCGAAGACCGACCACGUUUGUCCCUAUUUUAAAUUAGAAUUCAGAUUUGAUUUGAACACCUGCUUGAUAGAGAGAGAUUUGUUACAUCUGUGUGUGUGCAAGGUCGGGAAUUAGCAUGCGUAAGGUGCCAAAGGUUGGUCGAAAUACAUUCAUUCCUCUCCCGUUCCGCCGGUCUCGGGCGUGCCGGCGCCUUCUCGCCCGAAGAUAGCUGGGGUUUACACCGCUCGAAAUACAUUCAGUUCCUUACACUGUACUUUCUCCAUUUUGUGUUCUGUCGCUCGUCAUAUGUAACAGUGACUAAAAUGUGUUGUUCAAACGUGUGAUUGUCAAAUGAACAUUUCAGACAGUUUGUAUGCAAUACAAUUUCCUUGGAUAGUAACAAUUA